AUGCACACGCUAGAACAAUUAAAGACAGGUCAACUAGUCGGUGUUCAACGACUUCGACUAUCCUGUGAAUUAACAACAUUUCCCAUUGAAAUAUUUGAUCUAGCUGACACAUUAGAGAUUCUCGAUUUAUCAAACAAUCACCUCUCACAUUUACCAGAUGACUUCAAACGUUUACGAAAACUCAAAAUUGCUUUCUUCGCCAAUAAUCAGUUCACAGAACUUCCUGCCAUUUUAUCACAAUGUCCUCAUAUUGAAAUGGUUUCUUUCAAAUCCAAUUGCAUUUCUACUAUUCCUGAACACUUCUUCAGUCCUACUCUACGCUGGCUCAUACUAACUAACAAUCGAAUCACGACCAUUCCGUCUACCAUCGGUCAAUGUACCCGACUUCAAAAGCUCAUGCUAGCGGGCAAUUUACUCAGUCAACUACCGGCGUCUAUGGCUCGAUGCACGAAUUUAGAACUUCUCCGUCUAUCUGCCAACCAAUUUGUCAGCAUACCUUCAUGGUUAUAUCGAUUACCAAAACUGGCAUGGUUAGCGUUCAGCUCUAAUAGCUGUUGCAAAAAACUGGAACCAUCCAGUGACUUGGCAGAAAUUCCAUGUAAUCAGUUGACCGUCACAGAACAGCUAGGCGAAGGUGCAUCUGGCGUCAUUUCGAAAGCACUAUGGAAGCAUGACAGCAUACAGCAGGUAGUAGCUGUAAAGAUAUUCAGAGGGCAAAUGACAAGCGAUGGUUUGCCCGAGGACGAAAUGAAUUCUUGUAUGGCUGCAGGCACUCACGAAAAUCUCGUAAAGUUACUGGGUAGAACAACUGAUGACUCGAAACAAGAACGAUCAGGACUGGUGUUUGAGCUGGUUCCAGCUAGUUUCAAAGUGCUAGGAAAUCCACCGAGCUUUGAAACAUGUACGAGAGACACAUACCCACCAGAGACCACUUUUACUCUCAGUCAAGUCGUACAGAUUGUGUCUGGAAUAGCAUCGGCGAUGUCUCAUUUGCAUGGUCGUGGUAUCAUGCAUGGCGAUCUCUAUGCUCACAACAUACUGGUCGAUGCCACGAACGUGUUGUUAAGUGAUUACGGUGCAGCGACCGCUUACGAAAAAGAGGAUUCAAAUGAUGCAGCAGCUAUAGAACGUGUGGAGGUGAGAGCAUUCAGUUGCCUUAUGGAAGAUCUUUUGGAUCGGCUGAAUAGAAAUGAAACAAAUGAAGCGUUGAAGAGAACGCUGAAUGCACUGAAAGUGGACUGUAUGCGAUUGGAGGUGUUGGAACGACCGACCUUCAAAGAUAUUUGUGAACGAAUAUCUUACUUUCAAUCGUUAACAUAA